AUGUUUAACUCCAACCAGUCUAGCAAAGCAAAUGGAAACAAAAUUUUCAUGACCAAGACAAACAAGUCACCCGCCCAGCUCCGAAGUUGGCAAUUGACCUCCAUCGCGGACUAUUCGAUACUGUUGUACCUCUUCGGCUAUGGGGCUUACUACUUUGAGGCAUUGCUGAUUCGAGAUGAGAAGGCCUUCAUGAAUAAUGAUUGGACAUCAAUGUCCCCAGAUCUCAAGGAGCUUAAUGUUCUCUACUCCUUGGUUAGCCCAAGUGGUUCGCGAUCGAUUAUCACCACUUAUAAACAACUUAACUGCAUUGAAAAUCAAUCCAGUCCUAGAGUUCCUACGGCACCUUCGUGUGAUACAGCUUGCUUAUUCCAGGCCAUUGUGAGAUUUCUCUUAUUCUCGGUUUCAGCUCUGAAGUUCACCUGCUUCGUUCAAUUCAAAAACUUGAAUGUGUUCUCAACUCGACGUAUCAUCGCUGCGCACGACAUUUAUAUUUAA